CGACGGUGCGUGCAAGGAGGCGGGAGGGAGCCUCGGGCUGUCACCGGCGCAAUCAGCGUCCCGCCUCCUCCGCUCCCUGCGCUCCCGCCACCUCGGCAACUCCGCGCCCGCCUCCCGCCUCCGUCGGAAGCCUCCGCCGCAGUAAGGCUCCCGGUCUCGCUGCUGUCUCUUUAAAUGGUGGGGCUACGAGCCGCCCCUGCAGCUGCUCCCUGGGUGGCCCCGCGCGCCGCUUUUGAGGGGCGAACCAAGAUGGCGGCGGUUUUGGCUGUGUGAGGAAAACGGAAGAGACGGCGGCGGAGGGAAACCGACUCCCACUAGUCCGGGUCGCUUGGGCGGCCGGGGGCCCUCAGAGUCUCCCGGGCAGUGGUAGCAGUUGCAGCAGGAUCAGGCGCCUGUCGGCUUCUGACGUUUAAAACAGGGGGAGCGGAAGGGAGCCACUGGCCGCGGUGGCAGGGCCAGGUAUAAGGAAGGAAAAUAUGGCGGCGGCGGCGGCGGCCUGAGGAGGCGGCGGCGGCGCGGGAAGCUGCUUCGCGGAGAUCAUGGCGGAGGCGGGAGCAGGGCAGUGACGGGAGCCCCGAGUUCCUAGCGCUGCGGGGCGGGAGGCUACGAAGCGCUGCGCGGCCCCCUCGGGGCUGCCGGGCGCCGGGCUCGCCGGGCCUGGACAAUAGCGCCGGGGAGCCGGAGGCGAGGAAAGGCGGCGGCCCAGAGCUCGGUCCCUGGAGCGGGCCAUGCAGGCGGCGGCGCGGCCCCGCGGCGCCCAGCGGCGGCAGUGAGGCCGGGGAGCCCUCCGCUCGCGGGCGCCCUCACGCCUCGCCCCUCGCCUCUCCAGGGCCCCUUUCCUGGGCGUCUGCUGGCGGGGCCCCCGCCCCGGUUCCCGGGCGGCACGAUGACCGACACCCGGCGGCGGGUGAAGGUGUACACGCUCAACGAGGACCGGCAGUGGGACGACCGGGGCACCGGGCAUGUGUCGUCUGGCUACGUGGAGCGGCUGAAGGGCAUGUCCCUGCUUGUCAGGGCUGAGAGCGACGGUUCUCUACUUUUAGAGUCCAAAAUAAAUCCUAACACUGCAUACCAGAAACAACAGGACACUCUGAUUGUGUGGUCUGAAGCAGAAAAUUAUGACUUGGCCCUUAGCUUUCAAGAAAAAGCUGGAUGUGAUGAAAUUUGGGAGAAAAUAUGUCAGGUUCAAGGAAAGGACCCUUCCGUGGACAUCACUCAGGACCUUGUGGAUGAAUCUGAAGAGGAGCGUUUUGAUGAUAUGUCAUCGCCAGGCUUAGAAUUGCCAUCUUGUGAAUUAAGUCGCCUUGAAGAAAUUGCAGAACUUGUGGCAUCAUCUUUACCUUCACCUCUUCGUCGUGAAAAACUUGCACUGGCACUAGAAAAUGAGGGUUAUAUUAAAAAGCUCCUGGAGCUUUUUCAUGUGUGUGAAGAUUUGGAAAAUAUUGAAGGACUGCACCACUUGUAUGAAAUUAUCAAAGGCAUCUUUCUCUUGAAUCGAACUGCUCUUUUUGAAGUUAUGUUCUCUGAAGAAUGUAUAAUGGACGUCAUUGGAUGUUUAGAAUAUGAUCCUGCUUUAUCACAACCACGAAAACACAGGGAAUUUCUAACAAAAACAGCCAAGUUUAAAGAAGUGAUUCCCAUAUCAGAUCCUGAGCUGAAACAAAAAAUUCAUCAGACAUACAGAGUUCAGUAUAUACAAGAUAUGGUUCUACCAACUCCUUCGGUCUUUGAAGAAAACAUGUUAUCAACACUUCACUCUUUUAUCUUUUUCAAUAAGGUAGAGAUUGUUGGCAUGUUGCAGGAAGAUGAAAAAUUUCUGACAGAUUUGUUUGCACAACUAACAGAUGAAGCAACAGAUGAGGAAAAAAGACAGGAAUUGGUUAACUUUUUAAAAGAAUUUUGUGCGUUUUCCCAAACGCUACAGCCUCAAAACAGAGAUGCUUUUUUCAAGACUUUGUCAAACAUGGGCAUACUACCAGCUUUAGAAGUCAUCCUUGGCAUGGAUGAUACACAGGUGCGAAGUGCUGCUACUGAUAUAUUCUCAUACUUGGUUGAAUAUAAUCCAUCCAUGGUACGAGAGUUUGUCAUGCAGGAGGCACAACAGAAUGAUGAUGUAAGUAAGAAGUUAACAGAGCAAAAAAUAACCAGCAAGGAUAUUUUGCUCAUCAACCUCAUUAUAGAACAUAUGAUUUGUGAUACAGAUCCUGAACUUGGAGGAGCAGUCCAGCUUAUGGGCCUGCUUCGAACUUUAGUUGACCCAGAGAACAUGCUAGCCACUGCCAAUAAAACAGAAAAGACUGAAUUUCUGGGUUUCUUCUACAAGCACUGUAUGCAUGUUCUCACUGCUCCUUUACUAGCAAAUACAACAGAAGACAAACCUAGUAAAGAUGAUUUUCAGACUGCCCAACUAUUGGCACUUGUAUUGGAAUUGUUAACAUUUUGUGUGGAGCACCAUACCUACCACAUAAAGAACUACAUUAUUAAUAAGGAUAUCCUCCGGAGAGUGCUAGUUCUUAUGGCCUCGAAGCAUGCUUUCUUGGCAUUAUGUGCCCUUCGUUUUAAAAGAAAGAUUAUUGGAUUAAAAGAUGAGUUUUACAACCGCUACAUAAUGAAAAGUUUUUUGUUUGAACCAGUAGUGAAAGCAUUUCUCAACAAUGGAUCCCGCUACAAUCUGAUGAACUCUGCCAUAAUAGAGAUGUUUGAAUUUAUUAGAGUGGAAGAUAUAAAAUCAUUAACUGCUCAUGUAGUUGAAAAUUACUGGAAAGCACUGGAAGAUGUAGAUUAUGUACAGACAUUUAAAGGAUUAAAACUGAGAUUUGAACAACAAAGAGAAAGGCAAGAUAAUCCCAAACUUGACAGUAUGCGUUCCAUUUUGAGGAAUCACAGAUAUCGAAGAGAUGCCAGAACACUAGAAGAUGAAGAAGAGAUGUGGUUUAACACAGAUGAAGAUGACAUGGAAGAUGGAGAAGCUGUAGUGUCUCCAUCUGACAAAACUAAAAAUGAUGAUGAUAUUAUGGAUCCAAUAAGUAAAUUCAUGGAAAGGAAGAAAUUAAAAGAAAGUGAGGAAAAGGAAGUGCUUCUGAAAACAAAUCUUUCUGGACGGCAGAGCCCAAGUUUCAAGCUUUCCCUGUCCAGUGGAACGAAGACUAACCUCACCAGCCAGUCAUCUACAACAAAUCUGCCUGGUUCUCCGGGAUCACCUGGAUCCCCAGGAUCUCCAGGCUCUCCUGGAUCCGUACCUAAAAAUACAUCUCACACGGCAGCUAUUACUACAAAGGGAGGCCUGGUGGGUCUGGUAGAUUAUCCUGAUGAUGAUGAAGAUGAUGAUGAGGAUGAAGAUAAGGAAGAUACGUUACCAUUGUCAAAGAAAGCAAAAUUUGAUUCAUAAUAAUAUAAUAAUGGCAACGGCCUAGGAUCAGUACCUGUUGAAAAAAACUGGUUCUCCACCCCUCCCCCAUACAAAAUCCACAACAAAGCGCAGUGGUCUCUUGUGAAUGACUGACACAGAUCAGCCUCUUACACUUGACUUCUGCUCAUCAAGUGCCAAUUCAAUGGAGCAGGAGGAGGGGAUAUCAUACAUUUAGGGGAAAGACUUAAGCCUUUGAGCUCUCCAGCUUGGACCACACAUUGCCCUUUUCUCAGGGAAGGAAAUGGAAACAAAAAGCCAACAGGGCAGGGGUUUUGUAAGUGGAACUCUGGAUUGACUGGUCAGUUGCUACAAUCAGAAUAUGCUUUCUUGGACCAUGUUUGAGACUCAGAAGAAUGGGCCUUUCUGCCAUAAUUCUUCACUAGUCAAGAAUGCCAGCAGUUUCUUUGUAUAAAGAGACCUGCCUUUAAAAUCAUACAUUCUGAACAUUUUAGUCAAGCUACAACAGGUUUGGAAAAUCUCUGUGGGGGAGGGGCGAGUAUAAAGUUUUCCUCUUUUUUAACUGUUCCCUUUGCCCUUCAAACUGCAGAUUUUUUUUUUUUUUUAAGUGGAGACUUCUCCCUACUUGAUUAAAGAUUGAGUGGAAUUCUAGAUGUGGUCAUUUGUGUCAUAAUUUUUUUGUUUUAUUUUGUUUUUGAUUGAUUUUUUUUUUCCUCCCCUGAGUGUAUGCUUAGUUGUUGAGUAUAUAUAUUUGGGACCAUUAAAACUUUUUUUGAUGUAAUAUAACCUAACGUUGUGCUGGUACCUGUUUUACCAUGUGUAAUUUUUGUUCUACAUCACAGUUCUUAAUUUGUUUAGAGUUUUAUGAAAGAUGGUAUAGUUUUUAUUGACAAAAGCAAAGUAAUCUUACAACUAUGUGCAUACAAAAGCAAUACUAUUUUGUGACUAAAUAUUUUAUAUUAAAAUUUACAUCAGCAACUGUCUUGAGAAUUCAGGGAAAUAGAAUGGAAUUUAAAACUUCCAACAGUUUUGUUAAAUCUAGAAACAUGAAAUUAGUAUUCCAAAGAGAUUCUGAAAUUUCUUUUCUUGGGGAAAUGACGGUACAUUAAAUCAAAAUUGAGGAUGGAUGAUUUAAAAACAUUUGACUUGACUUUUGAAUAAUAAAAAGAAAAGUGAAGAGUAAGAGAAA